GUGUGUGUGUGUGGUCAUUGUUGGAAGCUGUUGCUUGGUCAGCCGUUCUCUAUUCCCUUGUUAGUGGCAGAACUAACCGUACUGAACACUCUGUGUACACAAUUCAUCCCGUUUCUCUGGCUAAUCGAGCUGCACUCUGCAUCAGUGGAUAUUUCCCUGUAGAAACUCGUUUAUUUCUUUAUUUUGGAGAACUUUGAGGAAUUAUCUUCAUGUGUGAAUUCAAGCAGCUCAAUUGUGAAAUCUCUAAGGGACUUUGUUGGUCUCCAGGCUUAAGGACAUCUGCUCUGGCCAUGACAGCAGGCAUGAGCUUUUGAUUGUAUGAGAUUCUAAAACAAUUGUUUGGUUUUUUUUUUUUAACUGGAUAAAGAUUUUCCUGAUUCUACAUAAUCUUUGAUGUCUGAGAAGAAAUUAGAAGCAGCGCAUAAUGCUGACCCACAGGAAGAUGAGGAGGAAGCGACUGCAGUCGUGUGCAUGGAGGCAGAUCUUAAAGAUGGAGAGAUGAUGGAGGUGGAUGUUGGGGACCAUAACAUCCUGUUGGUGAAGUGUGAAGGAGAAUACAGCGCUAUUGGAAACCAGUGCACCCACUAUGGUGCACCCCUAAAUACAGGGGUACUGUCGGGUAACAGGGUGCGCUGUCCCUGGCAUGGUGCCUGCUUUAAUGUGAAGACUGGAGAUAUGGAGGAGUAUCCGGCCAUGGACAGCUUACGCUGCCACAAGGUGAAAGUACAGGAUAAGAAGGUGUAUGUGACAGUUAACAAAAAGGCUUUAGGCCAGGCUACCAGACUGAAGAAGAUGGGAGGCAGAGAUCCGGAAAUAAACCACACUGUAAUUCUACUAGGAGGAGGAUGUGCCUCAGUUAUAUGUGCAGAGGUGCUCAGACAAGAGAACUAUGGUGGACGGAUUAUUAUGGUGACCAGAGAAGACAUCCUCCCACAUGACAAAACCAGACUAAGCAAGGUAAUGAAUGUGCAGAGAAACAGCAUCUUACUCCGGAGAAUGGAGUUCUACCAAAAAUAUGACAUUGAAGUAUGGCUGAAAAAAGAGGCUGUAUCAGUAGACACUGAGAAGAAAAAAGUGGAAUUCAAAGAUGGCACCACAGAAUGCUAUGACCAGCUCCUUAUUGCAACAGGUUGCAGGGCCAAGGGGCUGGACAGUCCUGGAGUGGAGCUGGAGAACGUGCUGAUGCUGGAGACGCCAGAGGAUGCCAACCGCAUUCAUAACGCCUGCAUAGGCUGCAGGACAGUCCUUGUGGGCACCUCCUUUGUUGGAAUGGAGGUGGCGUCCUACAUGAUCGAUAAAGCCAGCAGCAUCACUAUCAUUGGCUUUAGUGAGCUGCCCUAUCUGAAAACACUGGGGCCAGAGAUAGGGAAGUUUACCAUGACGAUACUGGAAGAGAGGGGAGUGAAGUUUUAUAUGAAUGACAGCAUCGCUGAGAUCCGGGGUGAGAAAGGAAAGGUCAAAGACGUCGUGCUGAAAAGUGGCACCAUUGUGGCAGCUGAUGUAUUAGUUGUGGGGAUUGGGAUCGUUCCUAACUCAGAGUUUCUUCAGGGAAGUGCUAUCAAGAUGGACUCUAAGAAAUAUGUCAUUGUAGAUAAGUAUAUGAGGACCAAUGCAAAAGAUGUCUACUGUUGUGGAGAUUUAACUAGCUUUCCUCUUCAGAUGGUCAAAAACCAGAAUGUCAGUGUUGCCCACUGGCAAACAGCACAGGCUCACGGGAGAAUCGCUGCUUUAAAUAUGCUGGGCAAAGAAGUCACUUUGAACACUGUGCCAUUUUACUGGACCGUCCUGCUGGGGCAGACCAUUCGAUAUGCAGGGUAUGGAGAAGGCUACACUCAGUUAGUAAUGAAAGGAAGCUUUGAGCACAUGAAGUUCUUGGCAAUGUACAUCAAGGAUGGUGUGGUGGUGGCUACAGCAGGAUUGAACUUUGAACCAGCAGUUUCAGUCAUAGCCGAAAGGUUUGCAGCAGGGAUAGCUAUUACAAAGGCUGAAGCAGAGUCGGAUGACUUGAGCUGGUUGAAGCUCCCACCCAGUAAAGAGUGACAGCAGUUUCUUCAGUGAUCUUCAUCUUUUGCUUCUCCUUCUUCAGUUUUACCAGUUUAUCAGUCAUUUGUACUGCUGUUCCUUAGCUGGAAACCAAUACUCAGAGGAUAGCUAUACCAGGGUAUCUCGAGAGUCUUCUUGAAGUCACUUUGCGCAUCAUUGACAGUUGAGUAGACAGAAUGUAGAGUCUCAUUGGGAAGCUUCAUAUAUGGAUCAUUUUCAUGUUAGAUAAGAAAGUCUGGAAUUUAAGACCCAACAAUCUGAAUGACUGGGAUGGAUUACAUUUUAAGAGAAUAGUAAUCAGGUGAUGAGCAUAUUGUUACUGUCAUGGGUAAACCUUAUGAUUAGGAACACAAUUUUGACCAUUUUAGUAUCUCUAAUAAUUGUGUAGAGAUACUACUUCCUGUCAUCAUCACAUACAUGAGCUGCAUCAUCUAUACUUUCCACUGGCCCUGUUCCACUACUCACUCCUGCACCUUCACAUCCCUUAUUUACACAUGUUCAAUAGAUACUCAAGGAUGUAGGGUGUCUUAUUUCACCCCCUAUGGGCACUUGUUUCACUGUGAUUCUGUACCAUUCAUUGCAUAAACCAACUGUAAAAAGAAACUGAAAAGCUAAAUGCAAUCUAUUUUUCAUUAUCCAAAUUAGAAUGGUCUUCAGCAUUAUACAAUUACAUUUUUGGAGUAUAGGCAACAUUUUUAUAUGUAGGUGAAGUGACAUGAGGAAAUAUAUCCUAAUUAUGGUCUUAACUCUCUCUAAACUCUUGAACACUAACGUCCCUUUUACCUGCUAUUCUGCUACUUAAUGAAUGUGCCCUUCCCAGAGGUUCAGGUUAGGGCUCAGGUUAAGGAUUAGGACAAGGCCAUUAAGUGGUUUGGAAUAAGAUACGUAUUUGACGUUGGUGUGCAUUUGAUUCAAUGAGUAGCCUAUACUAGGAAAAAUAAUCCGCUGAUUUAUUUGCUUGCCACUAUAUUAAAAAUGUUAUGGCAUUAUUACGAGCAGGACCAGCCUCAAGUGCAGUCCUCAAGAAUAACUUAAUUGAAGUUAAUUUAAGGGUGCGUUCACAAAGCCUUGUUUGAUCUGAACCUUUUUCUGGAAUAUUUCAGUUUGUUCCAAACCAAAGGCAGGUUAGAUUUCUAAUUUUUAUCCCCUUUUCUACAUAAACCCUUUCAUUAGGACUUCCCCCAUUACUAGUAUUGCCCUAACACCAGGAGGGUGAACACUAGCACCUGCCUCCUCUGACACAUGUGAAGAUAGCCACCACCUCUUUUUGAACUGUUGCUGAUGCAGCACUGCCGAGUAGCAUCACAGAGCAUGCUCGGAGGAAAGCACAGCGACUCGGUUCACCCUUUGGAGUGAUGUGGGACCCACCAUGAGAGAGCAAGGCCAAUUGUCCUCCCUCAGGGCUUCGGUAGACAGUGGCAAGCUACAUGAACAGGAUUCGAACCCAGAUAUACAACCCUCCAGAUACAGUGUAAAGGCACCAGUAGUGAUGGUUGAUCGAAUAUCAAGCACAGUGUCAGUGUAACAGACCGGACACAUGAUGGAUCUCCCGUAACUAGAUCACCGUUUGUCAGACUCUGAACAGGACUGUGUACGGUGGAAAAACACAGAGGACCUCUGACCAGGCCUGUGUGUGUGGAGUGCCCCACUGGAGCGUAGAGAGGGGAUUAGGUGAACAGUGAGCAAUGGGUGGAAAGAGAUGCUGACUGCAUUGACGGUCACAAAAGAAGGGUAAUAAUAGGACUAGACAAAUACGACACAAAAGAGAUUCAUUUAAAUAGCAGGGCUUGUUUUACAAAAGAAAUGCUGUGCUGCUCUCUCCCAUUGCCUUUAUUUAUCUCUGUCACUCCCAAUCUCACUUUACCUUCAGAUCUCCAUGUGUCUUUAUGUUAUUUAUUCUGGUUUAAAUGAUGCACAUGCCAGGUUUAGCAGUAAGGACUCAAGGAUAGAUGAAGUGAUGUCGUCAUUUUGUAGUCUGCACCAUGUUGCUAUGCCCAUAUUUGGUACUCCAGGUGUAACAGAUUUUCAAUGGUAGAAAUGAAUGGGGUUUUCAAAAAAUCGCCUCCAUCACAUCCUGUGGUAAAUAUAUUUUGACAGUACCAGACAAAAGUUUGCACACUUCUCCCAUUCACUGUUUUAUUAUAUACUGAAGUCAUCCAGACUAUGAAGGAACACAUAAGGAAUCAUGUAGUAAAUCUAAAACCAAAAUACUCUGUGAAGCAUUUAGGUGGCUCUUAUCUUAUAUGCUGUUAACAGGGACAAAUUGAUCCUGUGCAGCAAAGGUAACUCUUGCUCUUCCUUUCCUGUGGAGGUCCUGAUAGGAGCCAGUUUCAACAUAACGUUUUUAAAAUAUUUUUCUUGAUUUUUUUGGGUUGACUGACCUUCAUUCUUAAAUUCAUUUUUUCUUCAUUUGCUAAGUUGAGUAGUUGUUGCCAUAAUAUAAAUUAGAACAUUACUUGAACAGGGCUAUUCACUGAAUACCAACUCUACCUCUUCACAACUUUACAACUGAUGCUCUCAAACACAUAAUUAACUCUUGAUGAGUUCAGCACAGCUGUUAACUGAAAGCUGAUCAUUCUAGGUGACUCUACCUCAUAAAGCAAAGUUGUCAUCUAAACAAGAGUUGUCUACUUUGAAGAAUCUAAAAUAUAAAACAUAUUCUGAUUUGUUUAACACUUUUUGGUUUACUAAAUAAUUUCAUAUUACAAUUAUAGUGUGAUUUGUUACUUUGCUAUAUUGUGUAUCACACCACAGUCUAUAUAAAAUACAGAAUAUAAAUAUAGAAUAAAAUAUAAAAUAAAUAGCAUUAAAAAACACCUAGACCUAUGUCACAGACCAUUUCCUUGAGCCCAAUCCAACAGAUCCCAAAGAAAGCGGUACACAAUCUUGGCCCGUCCUGACCUGAUUUUGGGUCGGAUGUACAAUUUAAACUUUAAUGUACAGGAGAAUAACAAAACAACUGAACAUAUUUAUGUACUGAACAUAUUUAUUUAUAAUAGAAUAUAUGAAAGAAAGAAUUCUUUCAAUUCUACUAUUACCAAACAUUUGAGGCACCAAAUAUGGGCAUAACCAGAACUACAAACUGACACACAACUUCAGUAAUCUCUUACUACAAUAUAACUGAUUCUACACUUUACAGAGUGAUGCAUGUUCCAUGUUUUUUGUUGCAAACUACAAUAUUUGUGUUAAUGGUUAGAGCAUCUCUUACAAAAAUAUUUCUUGAAAGCCUAAGAUCACUAUAAUGUGUAGGCGUAGACUAGGCUAUUUUUCCCUUCCUCUAGACCAGUCCUUUCCUCUGUAAAACUAGGCCUAAAAAUAAAUGAUAAAAAAUAGCAUACAAAAAACCUAGACCUACGCCACAGACCAUUUUCUUGAGCCCGAUCCGACAGGGCCCAAAGAAAGCGGUGCGAAAUUGGUCAAAAUGACACAAAAUCUUUUUUGUCUGACUGAAGAAUCCAUAAAAGUCAAAAGUUUACUAAUAGAAUCAGUUUAUUAAUGAAAGCAACUUUUUAUUGGCUUCUAUUGUAAGUGUGUUUUGAGUCAAUGAAUUUCGUCACCUUUACUACAUACAGGAAAACACAAAUUAUUAUCAAAGGUAAAUAGAUCAUAUGCUUGAUCAUAUGCGGUUAAAAAUAUUAGCUGGUAAACUCUUUUUAUUCUGAGAAAUCCUUUAGGAUUAAUUAUUCUUUCUUUCUUUUUCAACAGUUUUUUUGUACAGUAACUUGAUUACAAAUGUAUGGAAUUUAUAGUAGUAAAUAAUUACUUAUUUAAUAACUUAUUUGUUUAUUUUAAAAAGGUAACUACAGUUAACCAUGCAGUCUACAGGUGUUAGCAUAAAAAAUAUUCAAACGUCCAGUGUAAACAAGUUCUCAGGCAAAGUACCUCUCAUUAUCAUGCUUUGUGUUUUUACAGUUUUAGCAAGUGUACAACUGCACCGGCAAGAAUAUUGAUGUCCCAUUGAUUUGCAGUGGGGACGUCCAGUCACAAGUUCCAGUACUCCAGUACAAUUUGCAUAAACUGCAAAAUGUUGUCUGACUGCAGUCAACUGUAAUAUAUUCAUUACUCAGUUUUUCAUUACACUGGCAUGCCAAAAAUCAUAAUACAGCAGUAUGUACUUUGAUCAUGAAGUGUUACCUCAAGUUAACCCUUCGAGUUAUCUUCAAAUGAUCAGAUUUAGAGCGAGGUCUGAUAGUAGGUGCCAGAUUUCAGCAGAUGUGUGGGCAUUACCCUUUCUCAAACCACAGUUUUAGGUGUGGAAAUUCGUCAUCAAAGGCAUUACCACCCACAACUUUGGGCAUGUCAGUGUAAGUUUGUUUAACAUAACUACCAUCUAAAACAUGCAGUGUUCACUUUGUAUUUCUUUUUUUCUGAUCUUAUUGUUACAUAACACAGUAUGGCUUCCUUUGUGCAUGUUUUCUGUGCAUUAAAGCAGUCAACUUAACAUACUUCUCAACAACUCAUACAACCUACUGCCAAUCAGCUGGGAAAUAUCAUCUCACUGUGUGUAGUUUCAGUCAAUACUCCACAAUUCAUUCAUGGUUUGUCUAGUUUUUGUACUGAUGUUAAAAAUAAAGAACAUGGUUGCAUUAAAACAAUGUCUUAGGAUGCCUUGAAUUUCUGUGAUUAACUGAAAUGCCAAUGAAACUUAAGAAAACUGAUAUAUGGCUGAGAAACAAGAACAAAAGAGUAAGAGACACUGGUCAGA